GGUUCCGGGGCUCUGAGCCAGCCAACCAGGUGGCAGGAGAGGGCGUGACCAGGGACGACAGAGAUGAGGCUCUAUUGACCAAUCAGGGGCGGAGCGUGGAGGAUCAGGUGACUGAGUGUGGCCAAUUGGUGAGCCUGGAGGCGGAGACCGCUGCUGCCGAGGGGGAGGAAGAGGACUCUCUUCAGGUCAAGGGGAAAAGUUGGGGUGGAUGGGGCUCCUGGGGGAAGUCUCUACUGACCAGUGCCACGUCUACUGUGGGUAACAGUCUAACUUCAGUAAAGGAGAAGGCCGGAGCUCUGCGUCUUCACAGGACCUCAGUAGGAGAGGAGGCGCGAGAGGAGGGAGAGGAGGAGAGGAAGGAGGGAGGAGAGGAAGAGGAGGAUAACUGUCCUCAGUCAGCCCUGGUCACUACUCCACCACCAAGCAGAGGAGUACUGUCUACCAUCACACACGCUGGUAAAUCAGUGAUCACUGGAGGUCUCGAUGCCUUAGAGUUCAUCGGUAAGAGAACCAUGACGGUCCUGGCAGAGACUGACCCUGGUUUCAGGAAGACCAAAAUACUAAUGCAGAGGACUGUCUCACUCAGCCAGAUGCUGAAGGAUGCCAAGGAGAAGGAGAGGGCUCGUCUCAGCUGCCAGCCAAUCAGUGAGCCCACAGCUCACUACGGAAUCCUGUUUGAUGACUACCAGGGCCUAUCGCACCUAGAGGCUCUGGAGAUACUGGCCAAUGAGAGUGAGGCUAAGGUUCAGUCGUUCCUGUCCUCCCUGGAAGAGGAGGAUCAGGAGGAGAUAAAGAAAGAACUGAUCGCCAUCAAGGACAUCUUCGUCAGCCACACGGGAGAGGAGGAGGAGGGAGAGGUAGAGGAGAAGAAGGAGGAGAGGAGACAGUGGAUAGGGGAUCUAAGUCCCCAGUGUUCUACUCCUCUGUCAGCUGAUGGGGAGGAGUUUGUGAGUGUCCUGACUGAGUUGCUGUUUGAGCUUCACGUCGCUGCCACCCCAGACAAACUGAACAAGGUAACAGACCGUCACCACAGACAAACUCAACAAGGUAACAGACUGUCACCAAGAGUUCAUUAUUUUAGGUUAAAGUUUAGUGAUGUCAUGUCAAUUUAUCCCCAGGCCAGGAUGAGAGCGCAUGAUUGGGUGAGAGAAGUGGAGAAACCUGUCGUCACAGAUACCAUCGGGGGGGCGACGGAGGAGGAGCAAAGAGGAGAACCUGAAAUAAGAGAGGGAGAAGAAGAGAAGAAAGAGGGGGAGGAGCUAAAGGAGAAGAAAGAGGGGGAGGAGCUAAAGGAGAAGAAAGAGGAGGAGGAGCUAAAGGAGAAGAAAGAGGGGGAGGAGCUAAAGGAGAAGAAAGAGGGGGAGGAGAUAAAGGAGAAUGAGGAAGAGAGACGAUCCAGGUCUGUAGAGGCAGUGUACCUGUCUUCAGUGGGCUCCCUGGCGGAGGUGACAGCCCGCAGUAUCGAACAGCUCCACAAGGUGGCAGAGUUGAUCCUCCACGGACAGGACCUGGAGAAGCCUGCCAGAGACCAGGCUCACAUACUCACCAGGUUGACUUGUGCCAUGUGUCGGGAGGUGGGUUGUCUUGCCAGGAAGUUCUCUGAUACUCUGCUCACCGUUGGGGUUCAGAGAAAAGCAGAAGAGUUGAACCCUUUGGUAGACAGUGUGCUGCUUGAGGGUUCUAACAGCACCACAUACAUCCAGAACGCCUUCCAGCUCCUCCUCCCGGUUCUCCAGAUGUCACACAUCCAGACCCAGAGCUCUAGAACCCGCACGGAACCACAGCCCUAACCCUGUCGUAGCCACAGUAAAACACACCUCAUACUGCUGAAGUGCUGUUAGCAUACUAGCCAGUCCUAAUGAUGUAACUAUGUACAGGAAGAUAAUGUGAUAUAUAUAUAUAUAUAUAUAUAACAGUGAUAGUGAAGUCAACUACUAGGUUGCCAUAGUAACAGACUGACGAGGAUAUCUUUAAACUAUUACGUAAUGCAGUAACUUAGUAUAGUUUCAUGUAGGGAACAACUUCUCAGAUUGAAGAUAUGUAUUAAUCAUAUUUAUAUAUAUUACUGUUCAGAGGUAAAUCUAAACAUGAUUCAUGUCAACUGGCUAAUUUAACCCAGUGUAUCAGAUUAUGUCUUAUCGUUUUAAAAAGCGAAACCAAAAAAAAUAGUUGUUGUUGUUAAGAGUUUGUUUUUAGUCACGUAAACCAGAUCAGUGUAAUGUGGCGUCCCUGAAGUUCUUUUCUCAAAAAGACACAUCGACAUGACUAAAAUAAAUAAAUAAAAAAUGUUUGUUGCUUUGUCAGCUCAGGUGUUCGAACCAGAGACCUUUGGGUUCCUGGGCCCAACGCGCUAACCGCUAACCAACGCCCUAACCGCUAACCAACGCGCUAACCGCUAACCAACGCGCUAACCAACGCGCUAACCGCUAACCAACGCGCUAACCAACGCGCUAACCGCUAACCAACGCGCUAACCGCUAGGCUACAUGUCGCAGGUAUUGAUGUUCCCUGCUUAAUGAAGGGGUGUUUCUUUACGUCGCAGAACAACUAACCUUGUUUAAAUGUUAGAACAACUAACCUUGUUUAAAUGUUAGAACAACGAACCUUGUUUAAAUGGCAGAACAACUAACCUUGUUUAAAUGUUAGAACAACUAACCUUGUUUAAAUGUUAGAACAACUAACCUUGUUUAAAUGGUAGAACAACUAACCUUGUUUAAACGUUAGAACAACUAACCUUGUUUAAAUGUUAGAACAACUAACCUUGUUUAAAUGUUAGAACAACUAACCUUGUUUAAAUGUUAGAACAACGAACCUUGUUUAAAUGUUAGAACAACUAACUUGUUUA